GUGUACCUACUUCCGAAUGAGUACUAGCAGGAAUGGCCCAUAAUGCAAUAUCGCGCGAGGGAUGCAGUGGGUAAAAUGUUUCGCUGCACCAAAUAAAAUAGAUAUUUUCUCUUUUUACAAAAAUAGAAACUCUUGUGUUAAAAAGCAAUUGGUGAAUGGAUUUAUAAAUAAUUAAAGGAAGUUAUCGAUGAUUUUUUUUUAAUAGAACGAGAAAGAAGGAAAGACAUGAUUCAGUUUCAUUACUUAAGACAGUCACGUGAUAAAUGACAUCAUGGUUGAAUUGGGAUCCGUGCGUAAACUGACGAAGAGGUUCUGGGAAAAACAGAAAGGAGUUCCCCCUGGCGGACAUAUUUUGUGUCGAGUAUGUGGAGAUAAGGCGUCUGGCUUCCACUAUGGUGUGUUUUCGUGCGAAGGUUGCAAGGGAUUCUUCAGACGAACCAUUCGUCACAAUCUUACCUACAAGAAAUGCGACAGCCCAAACGGGUGUUUAAUCAUGAGGGUCAGUCGGAACCGCUGCCAGUUCUGUCGACUUAACAAAUGUGUCGCAGUUGGCAUGUCACACGAAGCGGUACGUCUUGGCCGGUGUCCCAAGAAGGACCGUCCAGCUAGCAGCCACUUCUUCGUCCUGCCACAAAACAGCAGCGGGUCCGUGGACGUCGACAAGCAGGUGAAGAACGAGCAGAUGGUCCUCAACAUCCACGGGGCCUUCAAGUUGGCCGCCAAGGUGUAUGAUGAGGUGUCCAAGUACCUCUCUCCAGACGAGGUGCAGAUUUUAAAAACAGCCGAAGAUUCUAAUCAAAUCUACCUCCGAUAUCUCCCUGUGAUUAUUCGCUCCGUUUCAACGUUUGCCAUGGAAAUUCCCGCAUUUCUGGACUUGAACUUUGAAGAUCAGCGACAUCUCAUCAAAGGAUGCAUCCUGGAGAUCGCUGCAAUCCAGGACUCCAUGUACGUGCAGCACGAGCAAAACGUCUGGGAAGAUAAAAAAUUAAAAUUCAGGAUUGAGGGAGAGGACUGGCAGAAGUUUGGACUGUUUGGGAAUAUAUUCUCCGCUUUUCACAAAGUGGCCCGCAAGAUGAAGAAACUUAAGCUGACCAACGUGGAAAUAUCGCUACUGUGUGCGAUCGUGCUGUUUACUCCAGACCGCCAGGGCGUGAACACCAACAAGAUGCUGGAGAACCUGGAGACUGACCUGUGCAUGGCCCUCAAGUGUCAGCUACUGCUCAACCACAGCGACGGCUCCCCGCACUUCGCCCACGUCGUCGAGGUCCUCGUGGACCUGCGCAUGAUCACCACCAUGUACCUCGACGACGUCUUUGAUGCCCAGGUGGAGGUGGACUCCGUGAGCACCUUGCUCAACAACAGGUGCGCUCCUGGUGCAGCGCGCACUUCGACUCCAGACAUCGUGAAAAAUAUUCUCAAUUCUCAUCUUAAGAACAGCGUGGAACAGAUGGAAGAUUCUCAAAGGGAGUUUGAACAAUGUGGAGGUAGCUUGAGAGUAUCUAAGAAUAUCGAUGUAAACCAGUAUCAGAUAGAGAUGGAACAGAAUCGUGACCCUAUGGGCAGAUUUCCAUAUACUCCAAUGACUGAUGGACAAAAAUCUAGCCGAGGACAGAUGGUAGAAGAACAGAAAUAUAUCUCUGUAGAACAGCGGUGGAAUUCCCAGUGGUUAAUGCAAAUUGACCCACUAAAUAGCCUGAAGGAAAUGGCAGGGGAACCGAGCAGUAUCCUUAAGAAGCAGCUGACACAAAAUCGACAGAAAAGUGAGACACGUGGAUUGGAUCAACAGACAGCAUUUGUAGAACAGAAACAUGAUGUCUUUGAGGCAGCAUUGCAUCGUCAACAGGUGACUAAGGCAGAAGUACCUAGUCCACAGGCAGGAAGAAACCCGACGACUGUUCGAAGUCCUGCUGAAGGAGUAGCUCAACCUCAAAAGGGCAACACUGCUAACACGAACAUUGAGUCUAUGCAAAUAUCUGUAGUAGACUCGGGGUUGCAUAAGGAUGAUGAUAUGUCUACAAAGGUUGUGCAGACAUCAUUUCCUAUGGAAUGUUUCGAUGAAUGUGGUAGAACUACUCAACUGACUAUGCUGUCUGAAGCAGACGAUAAUUUAUCUUUGAGAAACCACAGCGAGACAACUGUAGUUCGGCCAGAUCGUUUAGAUGAUGCUCAAAUAUUGUACAACUUCCAGAAUAGUUAUAACCAUAUCACAAACACGGCCUUCAAAAGCAGCAAGAACAGCGUUUCUAAUGGCGGUCCUGUCCUGACGUGUAACAGCCUUUCGGCAUUGGAUUUAUCUACGUCACGUUGUGACAGAGACCGACCAGUCAUAACCAGUAGUGUGUCUACCUCAACACAAUUCAGUCUGGCUAGUAACUUUCCAUCUCGGGAGAGAGUUUUCCCAUUUGCUUCCAGGUCGUAUAGUUUCCCAGGUACAACCCGAAAACGACGAAGUGCUCAUUUAAACCGGUUUGGUCGACCGUUCUUUAGAAAAUGAGAAGUUGACCUCGACUGGUUCUUACUCAGAUCUAAUGAAUUAUCCUUUGUAUAAAACGGAUCUCACAGAGAACUUGGUAAAUAUCGAGUCGGUGCAAUCUCCAAUUUCAGAAGAGAAUCAUAUCGAUAGAAACCAUGUAAUAAAUAAACUGGCGCCACGCCCCAUGUCUGGACCUGCAGGUGAAGAUAGACGUGCGUCUGGUAGUUCUAUUGUAAAUGAUCAUCAUGGUAUGCUGCCACGUGACGUGAUGACGUCCAGACCUGAGGAUGAAGAGAGGCACACAUUCCACAACAACCUACAGGAUCAGCAUCAGCUACAACGGUCUUUCAAAACAAAGGAGGAUGGACAUCAGAGUGAUGCUUCAAUGCAGACGAGAUAUGUAGUACCACAGGCAGCACCAGUGUCACUGUUAUCAAGAACAGUGCAGGAGCAGCCACUACGGACAUUUAGUCCAUCACAGGGGUAUGGAACAUCACUAGCAUCAACUCAACAGGAACCUGACUCCGCGCAUUCCCCAACAUCACAGGGGUAUGGAACCCCAGUAACAUCAACUCAACAGGAGCCUGAAGCUGCGCAUUCACCAACACCACAUGGAUAUAGGUCGUCACUAGCAUCAACUCCACAGGAACCUGAGUCCACGCAUUCAUUAACAUCACAGGGGUAUGGAACAUUACUAGCAUCGACUCCACAGGAAACUGACUUCGCGCAUUCACCAACAUCACAGGGAUAUAGAUUGCCAAUGGAGUCUGGAAUGUCACAAGUUCAAACGUCAACGGAGUCUAGACUCUCGCAGGUACAAACGUCAAUGGAGUGUAGGAUGUUGCAGGCAUCAGUGAGUCCUAAGAGAGAAGACUCCUCCUGUUCAACGUAUACGUCUGACGGACAGCUACCAAUCAAUUCUCAAAAACAUCAAACCUCGUCUGGAAACCAGACUACAGAAGACACGGAGUCUUGCUCGCAUCACGGUACCAGUGUUUAUGAGACUCCUGACAAACAAUGCUCAUCUCCGCCUUUGUUGAUGGCGUGUAGCCAUUCCAACAGACCGACAAGCGUGUGCUGUAUGUCGCCACCUUUAUUAGCUAAGGUACAAGAUCAGGCUCCGAGUCACCAAAGCCAUAUCGCACCCGUAAUGAAUAGCGCUAUGGCUGCAACUGUUAUUUAAAUAAGUUAACAAACAGUAACCAAUGGUGGGUGGUAUGAUAAUAAUAUUUAUUUAUUUUUAAACGUGUGAGCUAGCAUGUUUUUAAUGAAGACAAUAUAACCUGUGACUUCGUGUAA